UAGAUGCUUUCUGGUUUCUGGUUGUUAACGCUUCGUCUCAUUCCGUCUCGGUGCCAGUCGUGAUACUGGACGUUAUUUUAUAGUAGCGUGUAGUAGCGUCCGUUGUGGCCUUGGUGUAACGUAUAAUCAAUGUUAUUUGUUUAAUUUAUUUGUCACGGUUGAAAGUGAGAGCUUCUAUGGUUGACUAUGGCUUAUCAAGAUUCACCUUUUUCCACAAUGUACGAUCGCCAAGAUGAUUAUGAUCUUGAUGAAGACAACGAGGAGUAUUUGGACGACGACCGGGAUGUCGAGGAGCAAGACGAAAGUGAUGAAGAUACGGAGGAGGCGAGUGAAACUGACAUGGGGAAAUCUGAAGAAUACACAGAAAUUAAAGAACAAAUAUACCAGGACAAAUUAGCAAGUUUAAAGAAACAAUUGCAGCAAUUGAAGGACGGCACACAUCCUGAAUAUAAUCGCAAAUUAAAACGAUUAGAAACACAAUAUAAAGAACGACUAAGGCUAAAUAUAAUUUAUCGUGAUUAUUUGACGGAAUGGGUUGAACGAGAUUAUAUAUUGGAGAAGAAAGCUGCAGCAAAAGAAUUUGAAGAAAAGAAAAUUGAUCUGAAGGAAAACCUGCUUACUGAUAUGGAAGAGAAGCGAAAAAUGAUUGAGUCGGAUCGUCAUACGAUGGAACUUACUGGUGAUUCAAUGGAGGUAAAGCCGGUAAUGACGAGAAAAUUACGCAGACGCCCGAACGAUCCAGUGCCAGAAAAAGUAGAGAAACGACGAAAGCCACCACCAGCACAACUAAAUUAUUUAUUGGACGAGAAGGAGAUCGAGCUCGACUUAAAAGCGAUUAAUCGCGCGAAAGCACCGACCGCCGUUCGUAAACCAGUAGUUAUACCACAUUACAACACGGUAAAUAUGCCAUCUCAACAUAUACCACAGCCUCCUGAAACCUCAUUGGUGGAAACUCGAAUUGAGGACGGGAAAUUGUUGUACGAACGAAGAUGGUUCCAUCGCGGUCAGCCUGUUUAUGUCGAAGGCAAGGACCUUAGUAGAUUCGCGGCGAAUAUUUCAGCAAUCGGCACCGAGGUCAUCUGGGUGAAAAAAGUUUCGGACAGCAGCAAAGUGCGCAUUUAUACGUCACAGCUGAGUCGCGGAAAGAUUUCCAUUAAACGAAGGGCCUCGUAAUGAACUCUUCAGCAUCGAUUACUUCAGACUUCCAUUACGUCGCGUCUAGCGUUACUAAUUAAAGU